UUCAAACGCGAGUUGUGCGUGUUGCGACUUGCGAGACGCGAAUAGCGACGGUCGUGUGGACAAGUAGCAGGCAAACGAGUGAAGAAACACGCUAUUUUUGACCUGCCUUGUCUUUCCCUUGUCAAUAGUAAACAAAAAAUCACAUCCAAUACGAUAUAACAAAAUGCCCUCAAAAAAUUAGUGGUCUGGAAUCAAAUUAGAUCAAUACCUUCCGGAAUCCGGCAAGAUGAGUAACUGGGCUAGGAGGAUGCAUCGGCGAGCAGCUACAUUGAGCAAUGUGGUUACGUCUUGCGGGCAUCCUAAUUCCCUGCCGUAUCCUAGAAGACUUGAAAAAGUGAAAUUUGGUGUUCCGCUUCAUGAAGUUUGCAAGGACGAUAUUCCCGGGCCAUUGCUUGUGCUGAUACUGAAGUUGAACAAGGAGGCGCCGCUGCGGCGGGAUGUGUUCCGUGCUCCGGGCCACCAGGGUGCCAUGAAGAAGCUCAUACACUUCCUACAAACUGGCCGGUUGGUCAAUGUGGACAACUACUCAGUGUAUACCAUAGCCAGUGUCCUGAAAAAGUUCCUAAGGAAGAUCCCAGGUGGCGUGUUUGGGCGCGAGGGUGAAAUGCAGCUGUUUGCGGCCGUGGAGCUGCCCGAACAAGAACAAGUCGACGAAAUACGAAGGUUGCUUCUCUCGCUUCCGGUGUGCACGCAGAGGCUGUUGGUGCUACUCUUCGGCACGUUUCGGGUGAUGGCCUCCAAUGCUGAUAAAGCAGGCACAGGUAUGACGUCGGAAGCCCUGGGCGUGUCGGUGGCACCGUCAUUCUUCCACUCUUGCGUGUCCGACGGCAAAACGGCAACAAUGGAGGAUGUGCAGAGAUUCAAGGUGGCAACCCGAAUAAUGCGUCAGCUGAUAGAACAGUUCAGCGCCGGGGAUCUCUUCGGAAGGGACAACUAUGAGUACUACGCUAGGGUUACCGGUCGCAUACUGCGCGUGAAGGACGAGUGGAUAUGCUCGUUCAGAGACCCGCCGCCGCCACGACACCGGAGGGACCAGGAGGCGUAUGCUAGACAAUUAUCAUUGGAAGCAGAAAAAACAUGGUUGCAGUGUGAAUGCGAUCGCUGGGGGAAUAAAUUUAAUUUAGAAGGUCUAACGAAGUCCGAGGAGUGCCAGUCGAUGCCGGCGCUGAUGGGCGUGGUGGGCGGCGGCACGCCCGGCUCGGUGCUCGGCAUCAUACCGGAGCACAGUCUGCUCGACUCCUGCACGCGUCUGUCCAUAUCGCUUGAGGAGAGCGUCUUCAAGAUAUCAGUAAGCUCAUCGUCUCAGUCGUCUCGCAGCAACUCCAGCCCCCACAUGACUCUGGAGGAGCUCCGCGCCAUCAACAAAUACGCCGAGAGCACCAAGAGCCUCUCCUAUCUCCCUCAGGUGCACGAGCGGCAGCGGGCGCGCAUGCGCACUCGCUCGGAGUGGUUCCUGCAGCCGGCCAGCUCGCUGGACGCGCCGCGGCCGCGCGCCGGUACGCCCCCGCCCCCGCCCCCGGCCCCGGCCCGCGCGGCCCCCGCGCUCCUCCCCCGCGCGCCGCACGCGUGCCCCUCAUGCUCGGCCCGCCGUGAAGAGAGCACGGCGCUAUACGUGCUUGUCGCCUGCCUAGAGUUUUUGUUUUGAACCUCGCGCACCGGUACUGUUUCUUCGUGUUUGUUCGCUUCGGUGCGGAGGGUCUCACGUACGCUCGUCGAAGGCUUUGCUCUCGCUGUACGGACUUUCUGAGCGCCUACAUAUCUGUGCUGAAACGUCAGCUGAUUGGGAAAAAGCUCUAGUCAAAGGAAAUUUUAUGGAUAGAUUCGAUGUGAACAGUGUUUGGAAACUUUGUAUGUUAGAGAGAUAAAGCCUCCGAAGCUUAACUAAUACCACGGUACAUGUGCUAUCGGGCUCGCUUCCCGCUUGUUUGGCAUGAGUUGUGCACUUUUUGUUCCUUCACCGCACGUUGUGUCUGUUGCUGUGUGCAUGGCGUUCACUGUCUUCCCUUUCAACAUUCCAUACUCUUCACCGGUUUCUGUUUGGUCAUUCUUUUCAUUUCUUCGAUAAGAUUUGUUUCUUCUUAAAUUUUGUAGCAGUCGAACAAUGGCUUCACAAGUUUGUAAAUCGUAUACGUUACUUAGGUUGUAAAUAUUAUUAUGUAAUUUAUAUGAACGCUUAGUAAUGCAGACGAAUUGAUGUACAGCCGAUUUUAAUUAAUGCCAAAUGUAAUAGGCAUGUACUAGCGAAUUAGUUUUAAUACAGGCGCGGAUCUGCUUUGGGUUUUAAAGGGUCAUGGUCAUCCGAAAGUGUCGCCGAAUUCAAAAAACAUUCAUGAACAUUGAACUAUAUUAAUAAAGCAACAUAUAAGUCUAAAAGUCGACUAGACCUGCGCCUGUAUAAAUUGCCAUAUAUACCUAUGUAUACAUUGUAGCAUGAUCGACGUUGUGACGUACACAUCACGCUUGUUUAUACAUUAAACAUAUUAUGACAUAUUGAUUAUGUUACGUAUAUCAAAACAGGUGUGGAUUGAGCAAGUUUUAAAUAGAUAAAAAUCAUUAAAAGUUGCGUUAUCGAUACACUUUUCGAAAGUAUCGAUAAUAUUAAUGAAUGCUCUAAAUCCAAUCCUAAAUAGUUUUGUUCAGCUACCGUUGCAUAGUACAUAUUCCAUAACUUAUGAUUUUUUUUUUAUUUUGUUGCAUACUGUUAUCGUGGCAAGAUAUAUUUAUCCAAUUGUCAUUUGCUUUUGAUAAUAAUGAGGGAGCAAUGAUGUGCCAGAAUAAUUAAAAUAUUGAAUGUUUUUUAAAGUUAUUAAAUUAUUAUGACUUUAAGAAAUGCUCCCUGAAUAUUUAUCUAAAGAUUAUUUUACAUAAUGAUUUAACAUUAUGGGAAAUUAAUCAAGUAUAAAUCCAUGCCUUUCAUAGUUCUAAAUGCUUUAGUUGAUUCAAAGUUUUUAUAGUUACGUUUUUUAUAUAUACAUUUUAUAGUACCUGUAAUAAUUUGAAGCGUUUGGAAAUAUGAUUUCUAUUUCGCAUACAUAUUGUAGAGUAUUAUAUUUAGUAGGUAAAUAAGGAUUGAGGAUGUAGACAGCGCUUAAAAAGUGUGGUUUUUAAAUUCACAGUUUGUAUCGAUUAUAAUGUGUGAAGGGAUGUUAAACACUCUACACUACUUUAAGAGAUUUGCUUUAUAAAAACUGGUACAAUAUACAUACCAAGAUCGAUUAUCGAUAAUUUUUUAAAUUAAUCAGCACGUGUGCCGCUAUCUACACCUCUAACUUUGUAUUUGGGAAAUAAAAACAACAGUAUAACGUUUGAUCUGAUGUCCCAAAUAUGAUAGUUUGUUGAUAUUUUUUUUUUAUAUAUUUUGAAUUUGAAUAGUAUUUGCCUGCCAGGCUACAUGAAUAACAGUGUUUCGAACGCCAUAUUCAACAACUGCAGUUGUUUAAUUUGUCUUUAAAUAUCGUGACUAGCAAGUAUUGAUGCGAUAUUAAUAUCGAUGUAUCAAUGUGCAAGUCCAGUAGUUUUCGUGCGUGAAACACUGUGUCGCGUGUAGCGGGCGUGUGUCAGUUGUGUAGCUGUGCGGUGCGCAGGUGGCGAGCGGCGCAGCUCGCGGCGUCGGUCGCGGCGCGCGCGCGUGUGCAGCGGCGGCGCCGCGUGUCGCGCGCUCGCACACUCCGACACUGAAAUCCCGCUCCCUCUCCAGCCUCGUAAAGUGACCGCCUGACCGCCGAGGGAGUGCGCCUGCACGCGACGACCCUCCAGGUAAUUGGAUAUUCUGACAACACUACACUUGUCGAUGGUGCGGAUGUACGAUGACUAUAGUUUAAAUAAUUGUGAAUAUUUGUCAAUGUAUCAAUGGUUGUUGGUUAAGAUUUUUUCAUUCGAAAGUUAUGUAUUAUUAUAUUAACUAAAUAUCGAAUUUAAUAUCGAUUGGUUAUCGACGAUAUAAUUAAUGGUUUUCUAUAAAUUUAUAAAGUUGGUACAAUUUACAAUUUUGCAGCUAUUAGCUAAGAAUUAAUUAUUUUAUUGCCUAUAUAAAAUUAAAAUAUUAGAAGAAAAAUCGAUAUCACAAGUUCCGUUAUCGAUCAUCCUUAUUCAUCGACAAGUGAUAGCCUGGAGGCUAGACUUCGUGUACGAAUGCGCGCACGCAAUGCCGUAAAAUAUCGAAAUUCGAUUGUGUGUUUAAUAUAUCGAAUUACCAAUAAAACGUUAGUGAUUUGAUAUACUAAUCGACUGGCAAGUGAAACAUUCAAAUUAUCAGAUGUAUAUCUGUUUGAAAUAUUAGCAAAAUGGAUCGAUACCGAAGAUUAUGAAUUUUAUUUAGUAUAGAAAAAUAAAAAUUCGGUCUUUUGGCGAUCUGUUAACGAAUUUCCCACAAGAUAAAAUUACAACGAGCUCUCUAUUUUUUUACCAAAACUAUUGCAAGUUCCAAGAGUCAUUGUCCGAGUCCGAGAUGUUAAAUCUCAUUACGUCAAAUAUUUAGACAGAACAGCCAACAAAGGUUUUUUGUUUUGACUGAAAUUUAUAGUUAUAAUUAGUAUUGCUAGGUUAUUUAUAAAGUGUUGUUUCUUAAGGAAUUGUUUAUACGAGACAUACAUACAUAUAUUUUUGUUUAGUUGGUACAUAGUACACGGAUAUAAAAUUGUAAUAGAAAAUCACAAGAACAAAAGUUUUAUAAAAUAUCAUCACAGGAGCUCGCCUCGAUGCUCCAAAAACUGCGACAUACAUUCCUGUAAAUAAAUUAUUGAGAUAAGUAUUACUUGUAGCGAGAACUUAAUACAUUCUAAAUUUGUUUGAGCUUUAUCAGUAUAUAGAUGUAAUUAUAAUUCUUUGCAUUUCUUUCUACCUCAGUUGUUCUUCGACAGUUUAUUUGCUCAUACUGUAUAUAAAAUGUAUCUCCAAGCUAUGCCAAAAUUAAUAUAUUGGAAACGGUUUCAAUUCUGGUACACAGGUUAUUUACGAGCCACAAUAUAAAAAGACUGAAAAUAUCUUUCUGAUGGUUUUCUUGUGCGAUUUUGAAUUUUAACAUGCGUAGCUGACAUUGUCGAGAUGGUAUUGUCUAUUAUUUAUAAUAUGGUACAAAAUGGAGUUUGCAAAUGUCGAAAGUAAUAGCGAAUGUAGCAUGUACAGACAUGCGAACAUUACGAUCUUAGAUAUAUAUCAUAGGUGCUAGUUGUGUCUGAAAUGUCUUAUGAAUAUUCUAAAUUUUAGUUUUCUAAUGUUGACAUUUGAUUCACUUCAUUAUUGUAUUAUAAGUAUUAUGUUAUUCAGUUGUAAGGCUCACAGAGAAUCAUUUUUUUUUGUUAUCUAUGUAAAUAUUUAAUAGUUUAAUUAUGCACAUCAUUAUGCACAUUUUUCGCACAUAAAGUGUAAUAAAUUAAGUUUAUGUUUUAAGACUGUUUAGGAUAUGAAGCAGUGCAAUUGGCGGCCUCGGCCCCUCUGUAAACAAUCGGUUAUGUUCACGGUAGUUGUGAAGAGAAGGCAGCUCAAAGAAACAUUAUGAUAGUAAUAUUAGCAGUUAGUUCUAUACUUCGCUAUACGAUUGUUUUGUGGCCAUAUUGUCAAGUACCUUAUUGUUUCGCCAUUCGUGUAUGUUUAGUGCGCGCCACUGAAUCCCAGACCCGCAUGAGUGAGUGAUGGUUUAGAGUCGUGUUUAUAAAAAAAAAAUCGCUUUUAAAUCGUUGUUCGUAUACAUACAUAGAUAAAUCUUAAAACGGUUGAAUUAGUAUUGUCUUAAUAGUAUAUUAGUUUAUAAUAGAUGAAAGUUAAUACUGUUUAUGAAGAUGCCUAGAAUAUAUUUUUGUUCAAACAAUAGGCAUAUUAGUAACAUUAUAUAUAAAUAUAACUUAUGAAUAUAAAUAAACGAGUUUAUAUGUGUAUUGAGAUAAUCGUCGUUUCGAGUUAGUGGACUUUUAAUAGUCGAUAUAGUGAUUUUUUUUCAAGUAAUACCCAAUGUUAGAAAAUUAUGAUAAAGUCGAACAAAUGGGGGACUUGUUGAGAAUUAACGCGGCUUAUAUUUUUUUUGGAUUUGCUCGUCCAAGUUCCUGUGUUCAUUGAGUAGGCGUAUGGAUGUUGUAGUGUAAAAUUAUAAGUGUGGUUUACACGACAUUCGUCACGUUGAUAGUUUAUGCAUGGAGUAUUUUAUUGAAGCUAUGUUAAAAAUCAACGUUUGUUAUCACAUUUGGUAAGCACCAUUUUUACUAGAAAUUGCCACGAUUUUAAAAGUUUUAUUUUGUAUUUAUAACAUUACUAGUAGGUAUAAAGUUGGUGUUCGUGAAUUUAUUGGAUUUUAUUAUGAAUUCAUCAUAAAAUCUAACAUUUUAGUUAAAAAGCAGCCCUAUCGCAUAAGUUUUACGAUUUAGCCAACUAAUUCCGAGUCAAUAUAUUAAAUUCGAAAA